UAUUCUGUGUUACGUCAUACGACAAAUAAAUACCAGUGGAAACUCCUUACACCGCCAUUCUAGCAAAGAACUCAUCUGAUCCACAUUCCUCAGUCAUGUCUUCUAAUACAGUUCGAGUGUGCGUUCUGCUUCUCGUCGUGUUCAUGGUGGAACACUCGUGGGCAUAUGGCUUAUAUCCGGGGUUAGAAAAGAGAGGUUACUGUCCUCUGUUCCCAGCGCCUCCUCCUCCUAGGGGCAGUGACCUCUCCCUCCACUCGCCAGACGAAGUUAAAGGCUGUCAAAGUGAUUAUGAGUGUGAAGGUAAUCUUAAAUGUUGUACGGCUGGAAUCUGCUGUUCCAGAUUUUGUACAGAGCCGCUGGAUAGACCCAUGUAAAAUAGAGCCACAAUGCAAACCUCUUUGUCUGUGGAGGGAGUGCUGGAGCAAAGUGCUCUCCCGAUAUCGGAUCGUGGAUUCCCGUUUCCUUUAAUCACUCGAAUAUUAUUUCCGGAUUCAUAGACCAUACUAUGUGUUUACAAUUAUGAAGUUGCAAUAACCAGUUCAUACUACUA